AUGGCAGAAGACACUCAAGCAAGCUCCACCGAAGAGCUGGUAAAGCUUCCUGAUGCCAAGGUAACCACACAGUAUUUAUUUAUUGAAUAUACGAAGUCAAAAGACCUCGAUAUAAUGACUGACAAAAGAAAAGUUUAAUAUCUAAUCUGAUAUGGUGUAAAUUUUAUUAAACACUUAUAUUCUUACGUAAUGGUCAAAAUCAUGAAUCAUUCUAACCUCUGUGCAAUCGUCUGUAGUAUGAAAAAUGCUCAGAUGUUCUCCACAACUUGUAGGCGAAAUUACUGGCAGACAUUAAAAUUAUAUUAUAAUUCAGAAACUUAUGCAAGUUAUAGUCUGAUGCCAAGAAUAAAUAACGAAGGAAAACUGAUCUGCUCAAUUACCAAACUUUCCCGCUAUAAAAGUAUUCGUUAUGCUUAUGUUUUAGUUAUAACAUUGCAUCAGAUUUCCUUACGUCCUCGGAAAAGUUCUGCCAUUUCAAUCUGAAGUGACCGCAUGUGUUUUGUUGAGGGCGUCAGAGGUUGCCCUGAAGAUUUAUUCUGACUAAAAUUAGCCUGAUAAGGAACUCCCCAGUGAUUACUGUAUAUACUGUCAUCCAAUUCAAAGAAUGAGUGAACAAUCAAGUUUUCUUACAAAGAAAAAAAAAGGUGUCCCCUCAUCAACGACAAGGUUUACUCGCUUUCAAAAGAAUCAUGCCCUUUAAAUUAUCCACAAAUUAUUGAUCCCAAGUGUUUUCAGACAACUGAUUGCAUUAUUACCGGCGUGCUCUAAAAAAAAUACUAAAAACGCUUAUUUGGUCAAAUAUGAUAGACUUUUAUUUUAGGAUUUUCACCUCAGUCAAGAUGAAAUGAGUUCGAUGUGAAUAGUGCGUUGGUGAUUGACGCACAAAUGCAGAAAUAGUAUGGAUACUUUUGUUUUUUUUUCUUGAGAAAAUUCAACUCCCUGCGUUAGAAAUAUAUAUAAAAUAAACUCUCUUUUUUCGCAAUUCCCUUUAGAGGAGUAUAUAUAUACAUAUAUAUAUUAGGUUUGAGUGCCUAUGCUGUCUUACCACUUCAAAGAUAAUAUACUCAUUUAUUGUCUGGCAUCACCUUUGCUUUCUCAUUCAACAGCUGUCACAGCCCAGUUUCCUUGUGGUUGUUUCUCAUUCAAUCCAUUUUGUAAGACGUUGACUUAAAAUACAUCCUUUAGAAAGGUGCCUCCUGAUGAGGGAACUGUUCUUCUCCCUCAAACCAAACAUCACUUUUCGUUUUUCAUUUUUCAUUUUUAGGGGGUUAUUUUCUUCACUUGGUGCAUAAAAAGGGUCCUUUACUAAGUUUCGGAACUGAUUUGCAACAUUCCUGCGCUGUGUUGUUUUAUGAACCAUUGUAGAGACUCUCGACCUAGUUUUCAUGUGAAUCGUCACACAGAUAAAGCACACACACAGAAACCUUUCUGUGGAACUUUCAUAUCUCGAAAGAGAGUAGAAAACUGAUCAACCGUGUGUCUAUAAGAGAUCCUCCUUCAGGAAUAUGAGCGGGAUUCCUUGGCUGUUGCAGUGUCCAUUUCUAUCUCACUAAUAUCAUCUAAAACAUUGAGAUAGGUAAAGAUAAAGGGUAAGCAUUUUGAUUACAUCUGCCACAGAUUGGAAGUGGGCUCUAAAGUCUCGGUUUAAUAUCCAAGAAGUAAAGAAUAAAAUCCUUUAGAGUUUUCAUUUUUUUUAACAAAAUUUUAUUUCAAAGUUAUUUUCUUAAAUGCAUAGCCAUAACCCUUCCUCGUAACCCUAACCCUAUUUAGUUAAUGAUCUGUUACACCCACACGAUUUUCUCCUCAUUUCUAAAUCCUCUCUUGAAAGUAACAGUAAUUUUUUUUUUCAUUUUUUAAUUUAAAUUUUUAUAGGGUGGAAAAAUUAAAUUGUUUUUUUAAUUUUUUCACUCUAUUUUGCAUCAUCUUAUGUAAUCGGGCCUCUGGUUGUUAUCUUGGAACUCUUAUCAGAUCAAGUGAUUUUAUCCGAAUAUUUCCAAUUCAGGUGAUUUUGAAAUCUUGUAAUUUUCCCAGAUCUAGUCUCUUUCAAUUGAAUCACACAAUUUUCUCUAAUUAUUUUACAAAUAUAUUAAUGCAUGCAGAUUUCGUAAGUAUUCCAGAAUAUUCACAGUUGACUUCUUUUUGUCUAAGGGCUCACUCUCUGAACAGAUUGAUGGGACCAAGAGGGGGAAUUCAGAAUACUAGCUAAUUUUUGUUAUUAUAUCACCAGGUGGAAGAAUUAAAGAAGGAAGAUGACGAAGAAGACACCGCACUAGAGAGAGAAUUUAUAAAGGUAGAGAAGGAGCCAAUAGAUGUAAAAGUCAAUUCUCCCGAUUCAAAUUCAACGGCGGUAAAAGAGUCAACCCCUCCACCAGAUGGCAAAUUGGAGGAUGCAAAUGACAAAAUCAAGCAGCUCAGCAGUGAGCUGCAGCAAGCAGAAUCUGAGAAGGCCCGGUUUCAAUCAGAGGUCUCUACUUCGCAAGAGGCAUUACAGAAGAGCAACAAGCGUUGUGAGGAGCUGGAGAGCGAUCUGAAGAGGCUUAAAGAAGAGAUGGUGGAGGCGCGGUUGAAGCAUCAGUCAGAGGUUGACUCUCUCCAGCAGGCACAGAGAACCCAAGAAGCAUUUGAUGGGCUGACCUUGGAGCUGGAACGUUCCAAGGAAAGGGUGGAGAAGCUGGAACAGGAUCUCUCCUCAUCUGCUGAUGAGCUGAGCAGAUUCAAGGAGCUGAGCGAUGAAAAAGCGGCGCUGGCAGAUUCGGAGUCCAAAAGGGCCUCGGAGCUCGAGAAAAUGCUUGAAGCGGCAAAAACGGAUGCGAAGGAGAUGGAUAGUACGUUGACUUUAUUGCGGGAGGAGUUGAAAGUCUUGGAUGGGCAAGUCAAACAGAGCCAGCAGGCCGAGGAAGCACUCGGAAAGACCAGACUAGAGCUGGAACAGAAAGAGCUGGGUAUCCAGGAGCUCAAGAAGGAGGUGGAUGCUCUCAGCGCUUCAGAGAAACAGCUGGGAGAGGAAAUGGCGGCCAGGGAUUCUACUCUCAAAUCGUAUGAACUCCAGGUGUUGGGGCUACAAGAGGAACUGCAGAAGGCGUCAAAGGAGAGAGAAACCCUCGAGAUAACCGUUGGAGAACUCGAGAACAAGCUGGCCCUAUCUGAGCAGAAUCUGAGUAAAAGUGACUCACUCUUAACGAGCGCCCAAUCCCACAGCGCAGAGCUUCAAGAGAGGCUCGACUCACUGGAGGAGCUCCAUAAAGAACUCGGUGCAAGGACAGAGAAGUCAACGCAAGAGCACCUCGAACUCAACGCCGAGUUGGGAAAAGUCAAAGAUCGAUUGAAAGAAGCCGAACUGAAACUGGUAUCAGUAGAAGAAAGAAACGUGGAGCUUGAGAAACAGCUGAAUCUGGCAGAAUUAAAGGGCCAUGAUGAUCAAGUGGAGAUCAAGAAACUCCGUGGCAAGAUUUCAGAGCUCGCUGAUUUGUUGAAAUCCACCGAGGAAGAAGCCGCCAUGUCCACCUGCCAUUUCCAAGCAUACCAGGAAAGAAUCACCCAGCUAGAAUCUUCUGCAGAAAAGUCGUCGUCGAUGAAGGUAAAUCUUGAAAAGAAGUUGAAUGAGUUCGCCGAGAAACUCGGCGAGAAAGAGAUUCAGGCCUCUGCAGCUCAAGAUCGUGUCGCCGAACUGGAAGAACUGGUCAAGGUUGCUUCUGUGAAAGAAGAGGAUUCGCUGAAGAGAAUCGGUGACCUGGAACUGCUUCUAAUGCAGAAGAGUGGUCUUGUGGCUGAGCUCUCUGCAGAACUGGAAGCCAUCAAAGUCAAGUCCGUUGACCUUGAAAGAGAGUACCAGGACACACUGAACGCCGUCACUGAGGAAAAGAAAAAGUUUAAAGAUUUAUCCGAGAUUUCUGCAGGAAAGCAUUCGGAAGCCGAAAAUCUUAUUGAGGCUCUGAGAACCGAGUUAAAGUCAACCAAUGAAAAGCUGCAGGAUGUGGAGAAGGAGCUUGAGGCUUCCGGCGUCAGAGAGAGGGAGACAUUGGAGAAGCUUGAACACCAUGGAAUAGCCGUGGAGAAGGCUACCGCCAGAAGCUUAGAGCUGGAGGCCUUGCAUGAAUCUGUGUCCAAGGAUUCAGAGAGGAAGCUCCAAGAAGCAAUCAGUAAUCUUGAUCAGAAGGACUCUGAAACUAAGCUGUUGACUGAAAAGUUGAAGAAUCUCGAAGAACAGGCGGCGUCCCACCAAGAACAGGCGGCCAAAGCAGCAGAAAAACUGGUCUCCCUUGAGGCCGAACUGGAAGAAAGGUCCAAUAAGCUGGUCUCACUCGAAGCCAGGCUCUUGGAUUCUGAGAAGAGAUGCGAGUCGUCCUUGUCAGAGAAUAAACUGCUGGCCGAGACAAACCAGAAGCUCCAGGCAGAACUCGAGGCCUAUAGAAGUAAAACUGAUGAGCUUCACAGUACUCUGAGCUCUGUUCACGCAGAGAAAGACGCCACCGCAGUGCAGCUGGCGCUCCACCUGAAAGCUAUCGAUGAACUGAGAGAUCAGGUAACAAAGGUAUCGCAGCUCCACUCUGAAACAGAAUCUCGCACAAAAGAAGCACAGCUUCAGCUGAACGAAGCCCAUGGGAGAUUGACUCAGAGGGAUUCUGAAACCCAAGAACUGAAUGCUAAGAUACAUGAGCUUGAAAGCAAGAUAGAGUCUUACGAGGAGGAACUCCGUGCAGCUGCGGCUUCUGUAGAAGCCCACAAGAGCGAUCUCGAUGCAGCUCUGUCAAAACUGAGGGCACUGGAGGGGACGAUCGAGGAAGAAAAGGGCAGCUCAAGUCGCUUGGAGUCCGAGAAUACGUAUUUAGUUGAGACAAACAUCAAGCUCACUGAAGAACUAGCAGCAUAUGAGGUGAAAACGAGUGAUCUGAAGAGAACAUUGGCGACUCUCCAGGAAGACAAUGAGAAGACAUCUGCAGAGCUGGUCAACGUUGCUUCUGAAGGCAAGACGCUUCAAUCUCAGGUCAGUUCACACGAAUAUAUCUAUAUAUAUAUAUAUAUUUAUAUACUUUGUGCGUAGAUUUAGUGGGAAUUGUAGUGUUGAUGAGAAGUUUUGUUGGGCAGAUUGCAUCUUUAACAGCUCAGAUUGAGGAAGUACAAAGGGAUCACAGAGAGAAGGAAAGCUCUCUGAAUGCUACCAUGGAAACCUUGUCGGCCGAGCUAAAAGUGAAAUCAGACUUGCAGACUCGACUUGUGGAGCUUGAAGAUAAGUUAUCGUCAUCAGAAACUCAGUCAAGAGAACAGGUACGUAGAACAUGCCAGAGAAAUAUAACAUGUGAAUCUUCAUUAAUGAAGUUAUAUGCUGGAGGAUUUGCUUUAUUCGAUUUUUUUUCUUCGCUCUAGAUUGAAAGAAUCAAGUCAGAAGUGGGUGAAAAGGAGGCAGAGUUGGCGUCCAUGGUGAAGGAUCAUGCUGAAAAGCUUAAAGAAAAAGAUGUUUUAUCUGAAAACUUGGGGAAACUGCAAGUGGAGCUCGAUCUUGCCCUUAAGAGAGCUGCAGAACAGGUCAUUGGGUCCCUUCCCUGAUAAUCUCUGUUCGGCACAUUUGUGUGAUCACUUUUAGGGUUUUUAUUUUAUUCACUAAGAUAUCAGUAAUCAUGAUGCUUUGAAUCCAAUAGUCGUAGGCUUUGACUUUGCUCGUAGUUUCUGUCUUUGCUACAUGUUUGAAGACCUUAUCAUCAUUCAUUUCCAGCAUUCUCUCUCUCUCUCUCUCUCUCUCUCUCUCUCUCUCUCUAACAUGUGUAUGCAUAUAUGUAUCAUAAAUGUCGUUUGGUGGAGCCGGAUCUUUCCAAUUUGAUCAUCAGUAAGAUGUGGGUGCGAAGAAAUCAUUGAAAAAUUCUGAAGUGGGUUUCCUGAACCAACAGAAAGAAGCGGAGUCCAGAAAGGACCUGGAACAGGAGGCGACCGUGAAGCAGCUACAAGGUGAGGUAGACGCCCAACGCCAACAUGCAGCGAGCUUAGAGGAGCAAGUCAACGCUCUCAAGACCCAGCUGCACCAAUACGAGUCGCAGAUUAAGGAAAAAGUGAGAGCCCUUUCUGUCAAAUUGCUUCUAAUCUAUUUUCUUCUCUAUGAUCGUUUUCUGGUGAAAGAACUUCAACGUUUGUUCUUCUGAUCGGUUGCUUGGACGAUGACGAUGCCUCCAGGGCGCAGAGGUCAACUCAGAGCUUGAAGAACUGAGGAGCAAGUUGACUAAGGCUUCUCAUCUCGAGGAGAAGAUCGCAGAGCUUGAGAGCAAGCUGCAGCUGGCAAGCAAAAAGUCUGAGCAGGCAAGUAUAAUCUCCUCCUCUUCUAACAUCCAAAUGUCAAAUACCCCUGGCGAUCCCUUGCUAAAGUCAACGGUUCACCGACUGCCCAUGUCUGAAUCACUCCUCCUGGUCAAUCACAUGUUCUUCCACCUGCACUACCUUCUUCUUCUUCUUCUUCUUCUUCUUCUUCUUCUUCUUCUUCUUCUUACCCCAGAGUUAUUUGGUGCUUAUUGUUUGGUUCUGCAGCGAGUGGAGACGAGGGACAUCGGGAUAGCGCCGCCGGCGCUCUCGCCGGAGCUGAAGAGAGGCCAGCCCUCCGAGGCCGUUUCCGGGAGCAGCGCCACCACCGCCGCCGAGCCGAGCACCGCCAUAGCCUUGAAGUUUGUCCUGGGGGUGGCUCUGGUCUCCGUCAUCGUCGGCGUCAUCCUCGGGAAGCGGUACUAG